AUGUAUAGGGAUUUACCUUGCCUGGAAAAAUCACUAAUCCAACCUAUAAGACAAAAGCUAUCAUUUAAACUGGUCGAUAAUGUACAAAGUGAAGUAAUAAAACCGACAACUGUUCAGUUUGAUCCACGUACCUACACCAAUACACUAAUUGUAGAACAAAAUUACAUUAUACCAUUUUUAAAUAGGAUUCACAUUGUAAAAUCACCGAGUUCUGAUUUACUUUACAAAAAUUAUUUACCAGGAGUGACUCUGGCCCAUCACUUCCCGAACCGUCUGCUUAAAGUCAAAGAAUCUAAAAGAUUGCCACAAGAUGUAUAUGUAAAUUCUUAUAUUGACCUUGAUCAGUGUUAUGGCAGGUCUUUCAUUAAAAAUGUCAAGAGAUCAGAUGCGGUUCCAUUAUUGUAUAAUUUGAUCGGCAAACAUUGUAUAACAUUGUGUAUAAACGGGAAUCCGCCAUUAUCAGACAUGAACUGUGUUUCCAACUGGUUCAAUAAACUUAAUAAGUUUGAGAUUUUACAAAACCUUCAAUUAAAUAUACUGUGCCACCAACCAUCGCAAAUUUGGACUAGAUGGAUGACGACGAGGUUUUCAGAUAAUUUGGCAAAAUAUGCCAUUGACUAUGGAUACUAUCUUGCCAGUUUUUCAAAAUUAUCUUGGGAAAAUACUCUAACCCUUUUCUUAUACAAGCCUGAACUUAUAUCACUCUUGUUGACAGACAGGAAGGGGUACAUUAGGUGGCAUUCAAUUGGCACACCGAGCAAUGAAUCACUAAACAUACUGGGUAAAUCCGUAAAACAAUUGUUGCGUGAAAAGGACUCAUAA